CCUACGACGCAAAAGAGUAAGUCAGUCUUAUCUCAACUUUCAAAAUGACUGGUCGCGGUAAAGGAGGAAAAGGACUCGGCAAAGGAGGCGCCAAACGUCAUCGCAAAGUUUUGCGUGACAACAUCCAGGGAAUCACCAAGCCGGCCAUCCGUCGUCUUGCUCGCCGUGGUGGUGUGAAGCGUAUCUCUGGUCUCAUCUACGAGGAAACCCGCGGUGUUUUAAAGGUGUUUCUCGAGAACGUGAUUCGUGACGCCGUCACCUACACUGAACACGCCAAAAGGAAGACUGUGACGGCCAUGGAUGUCGUCUACGCACUGAAACGUCAGGGCCGCACUCUGUACGGCUUCGGCGGUUAAAUUUCAAAUUCAUAACAAUAAUUCCAUCAUCUGAACAAACCAACAAUCCAACGGCUCUUUUGAGGGCCACCAAAAAUUACAGAAAAAGAAAAUAACUGUCGCUACUAAUGAUUGCUCUUUCGUGAAUAAAUGUAGAUUGUAGCUGUUGUUAGACUGUAAUAAAAGAUUGUAGUUACCA